GAAACAUACUAUCCCAAGGAGAGAAAAGAAGAGAGAAGGAGAGAUACUGAAUUUUGAAUCAAUCAAUUAAACCAACAUUUUAAGUAUUUUCUUUUGCUUUGUGUUAUUUUUCCUUGUUUCGGCAUAUUUAUUUUUAUUUUAUUUUUGAUUUUUUAGAAAAAGUUUUUUGUGCAUUUUGUGCAGGUGCGGGAUGAGGAUGGUGCUCCCACCUACAAGACUGCAACAUUCAAUUAAGUGUUACUCACAACUUGACACAAAAAUGAAAAAAAAAACGAAAUUAAAAAUGCUUGCAGAUCAACUCAAGAAUGUUGGAGCUCCGGUCAAUAACCAACGACUUGUCCUUCAACUGGUGGUUGGGAUAACAUAGUCAUAUGCGGGUGUUGCUUCCAUCAUUCAACAUUCUGAUCCUCUUCUUGAUUUCUCCAAGGUCAGAUCAUGCUCGUUCUUGAAGAAGCUAGCAACGACAAGCGCGCUGCCACCACCACUGCCCUUAUCGCUACCAACAAUCACCAAGAACCAUUUGAUGAUCGCCCCUCCACGGUCUCUCAUGGAUCCAACAACAACAAUAGGGGUUCUUCUCAUCCUGGUGGUAAAGGUGGCGGUCGUGGACGAGGCAAGAACAAACAUCACGGGGGUGGAAAGAGUGGUGGCCGCGGCGGAUGUGGUCGCGGUGUCAGGCCCAGCCGCAGUCGCUGCCAAGCGGGUGGCAACCACAACAACAGUCGUGUCAUCAUUGGGCACCCACAUACUUAUGUUCUCCUCCAUUCCCUUAUACCACAAAUGGAUGGGCCAGACCCAAUCACCAAAAACAUGGACCGGCCAGCAGCUACAGGCCAAGGAAUUCUUGGGCCUGGACCACACCAAUCUUAUGCUGCCUCUUAUCACAACAAUGGAUAUGGUUGUGCUCCUACGGACAUCGAAGCGACUAUGCAUAAUAUGUCUCUCAAUGUUCCCAACGACAAUUGGUACAUGGAUACGAGUGCCACCUCUCACAUAACAUCCAACCAAGGACCUACGGACGGGAUCACAUCUAAUGAGAUGUAAUAGCACUGGAGACUAUACCCCCUCAAAUCGGCCAUUACAACUUCACCUUCGACUUUUGCUGCCAUAUCGUCAUCCACAUGACACGAUCGUCUAGGCCACCCGGGGGAUUCUAUUUUCAACAUUCUUAGAAAGAAUAAUUCUACUGAAUGUAAUAAGACUUGUAGAACUUUAUUGUAAUCCCCCGUAAUUUUAUUUAUAUAUUUUAACGAAUAUUUAACAUAUUUAAUAUAUAUUUAAACAUAAUUUACGGAUUUUAGAAA